AAAGCUGCGUGGUGUUGACAUCGGAUAACAUCUGCCUUGCCUAUAGACUUCCUUCCCCUAUCCCUUCUUAGUGACAUCGCCCUGGGACUGCUCAGACUUCACGUUGGGAGUGGCCACCCUGCCCACAGCUCCGCCCCGGCUCUCUGACACUGCUUUCCAGUGACUUCAGCGAUGAUGCCACGCAGGAGCUUAUCUGCUGUCACCUGAGCCGGGCAUUGCCUCUUUGCUUGGUGGAGAAAUGCAGGUGGUCCCAUCGAAAGCAUGCUUGAGGAGAAGGUGCCAAGCCCCCUCCAUGAGUGGAGGCCGAGCUGCAUCAUUCUGGAAGGCUUUACCCUCUCUUAGAGCCAUGACAUGAGCCACAAACAUCUCAUUUCUCUGCUGAUAUGGACACAUUUGAUGUCUGUCAAAGCAAAAGAAGAAACCCCAAGGGUUCCAGCCACACCUCAAAGGUGGCUGUGUUGUGUAAUGAUGCCAGAGGGGUGUCAACAGAAGAAAGAGCAACUGGCCAAAGCACUCUGGCAGAGUGGCAGCAAUGGCCGUGGUGGUGCUGAGGACACUGCGGCUGUGAAACUCCUGAAGUAGGGAUCAUGGAAUCAUAGAAUGGCUUGAGCUGGAAGUGACUAUAAAGAGUCACUCCACUGGUGGCAGAGGAGAAGACACACUUGGGGAGGACAGAGAAGCCAGAAGGCUCCGUAUCAACGUGUGGAUGGGCGGUGUGAGCCCUUGGUCCAGAUUAGCUGCCAGCAGCUGCCUUGGCAUAGCCAAAGGCUUUGAGGUCUCAGGUUGCUCCGAGGCUGGAGCUAAAACUGGAUCAGCCUUCGGAAAAAGCAGGCGAGACACCGAGGAGCAGGAGGAGGAGCAAGGACCGGGAAGCCCCAGCAGGGAAGUCCUUCAGCCAGUCACUUUUUCUGCUCCAGCUCUGGGGAAGGAAGCAGGAAUAACUUCUCGUGGUUUAUUUUUCAUCCCCGUGGAGGAUUAAUCUCGUCGCUAAUGCAGCUUUUGACUCGCAAAGCGCCUUAGAGGAAGCAGUGCCAGGAGGGUGCGUUGGCAAGAGAGAAACUGAAAGUGCUGGGAGCAGGCACACUCCGGCUGCAGCCCGCAGCAGCUCGGGGCUGCUGCUGCUGCUGCUCUCCCUGCCCACUGAUCCCGGGGGUUUCCCAUCUGCCCACCUUGGGAGAGCAAUUAGGGGAAAUCAGAGGACGGGAAUCCACAAGCGUGGAGGUUCGGUCUCUUUGAUCGCUCUGUUUGAAGCCAGGAGGAGCAGCCCAGCAGCCUCCCCGGCAGCCCUUGAGCAGAUACCUUGGGUUUGUGUGGCUUGGCUGCGUUGCGGCGCCCGUGCGGCCUACCCAUGAGCUCAGACUUCCAGCACUACAGUUUCAGGAUGCCGAACAUUGGGUUCCAGAACCUGCCUCUCAACAUUUACAUCGUGGUCUUCGGCACAGCCAUCUUCGUCUUCAUCCUCAGUUUGCUCUUCUGUUGCUACUUGAUCAGGCUCAGGCACCAAGCACACAAAGAGCUUUAUGCCUACAAACAGGUUAUACUCAAGGAAAAGGUGAAGGAGCUGAACCUCCAUGAGAUCUGUGCCGUGUGCCUGGAGGAGUUCAAGCCCAAGGACGAGCUGGGGAUCUGUCCCUGCAAACAUGCCUUCCACAGAAAGUGCCUCAUCAAGUGGCUGGAGGUGCGGAAAGUCUGUCCCCUCUGCAACAUGCCGGUGCUGCAGCUGGCGCAGCUGCACAGCAAGCAGGACCCCGGCCCCCCGCAGGGCCCCCUCCCCGGCGCGGAGAACAUCGUAUAGCUGCAGCCCCGGCGCCCCGCGGCCCGCCCCGCCCGCGGCCCGGGCCCCUCGGACACAACCAAAGCACUGCUGCGGCCCCGGCAGGCAGGGCCAGGCCGGCGGGGCGCGGGCGGCUCGGCGCGCAGCCCGCAGCACUUUAGCGGGGGACUCGUCCCCAGCGGCCCGGGGACAAGAGCCCUGCGCCGCGGAGCCCUGCCUCCACGCAGCCCUGCCGGGGUGAGGGGGCUCAGGUCCUCUCCUGGCGGCCUCCUGCACCGCAUCCUUCUUCCAGCACAUCCCUCCGCCGGCUAGGCGGCGGCGGGGACACGGCGGAGCGGCGGGGACACGGCGGAGCGGCGCCG